GUUAACCAUGGCAACAACUCUAGGAAUACCCUCAGAAAUCCCACGAAAUGAAAAGGAAAAUUAUUUUCGCAUGCGGCUGCUCUUAGAACGUGCAACCGACGUGCUUCGAGAUGUUCUCAGGACUCAGCUACAAGCAGCUUAUCCAGGACUAUUUGAUCCCAGUAAAACUGACAAACUGUUUGAUAUACUUGACAAUCAACAAGUUAAGCACUCCUUGCUACUAUUGAAAAAGAGAAAGGUAAUUAACUCGAGUCAAAUGAAACUCCUGUACCCCUCUGGCACCCCUUCAGCAACUGUGACAACGCAGGAUUUAGAUAUUACACUUGCAGUUGUUUUACUAAGAAACAUCACCAAUCUGAACCCUCGUGCUAAAUGGGAAAACCCACCAGCUUCAGAUACAUCCAUAGAGGCCAACAUCGGUAGAGUGAAGACCUACCGCAAUAACCACAUGCAUGGAAGCCCUGGGAUCAAUGACACAGUAUUUCAGGCAGAGUUUAAUGCCUUCAAACACGUGUUGCUGUCACUAUCACCAAUAUAUACCAGUGAUGAUUACGAAAAACUUCUUAUUGUACCACUGGAGGCUAAAGUUGCCCCAUGUCAGCUCCUCUCAGUACAGCUACCAGGAAAACUUGCUGACCUAAAAGGCCGUGAAGAUUUGGUACAGCAAAUACAGCAGCACAUUGCAGGUGAAACCCGACUUGUUCUUCUAACUGGGAUGGGGGGCAUUGGGAAGACAUCGGUGGCUAUCGAGGUCGGGCAUCGCAAGCAAAAUGUUCUGUAUAUUGAUAUGAGACAAGUCACCAACCUAGAAUCUGUGAAGUUAUCUCUAGUUCAGUACUUCCACCCUACACGAUCCCUGAAAGAUUUAUACAGUGACUAUCACAAUAUAUUGACACAGACUUUUUCUAGUUCAACUUCAAACACUGUUAUAAUUUUUGAUAACAAUGAUGAGGUCAUUAAGUCCAGUUUGCAAGAAUUCCAUAACUUGGUGCAAACCAUUUUGAAUUCAACAAAGCAUAUCACUUUACUAUGUACCAGUCGUGAAGCAUUCAGUCUUGUAUCACAUAAGAUGGCUGUUGUAGAGGUACCCCCCCUUGAUAAGGCACCCUCCAUUGGUAUCCUUUGGGAAGGAAAACCCAAUAGUCCCACUGAUAGUGAAUCAUUAGUGUUAGGUGAAAUAGCGGAGAAAUGCGGGGGGAACCCCCUUGCACUCAAAUUAUUAGCAGUUCAACUCAAGAAAAAAAAUGCACAGAGAGUAUUAGAUAGGAUGAAAAACAAAAAUGUUAUCGAAAGCCUUAAGGUUGCAAAUCUUCCAGCUUCUCAAGAAAUGAUGGCAUGCCUGGACAUGUCUUAUGAAACACUGAAUACUGAAGAACAGAAAGUUUUUCGGGCUUUGCACAUAUUUCCUGUGCCAUUUUCCUUGGAAGAAGUUUCAGAAAUGUUAGAAAUAGAUGAGGAUGAAUGCGAAUCUAUCCUUGACAGUCUUUGCAACAAAUCCCUCUUAAGUGUAGACCCAAGUUUCUAUGACUUCCAUCCCUUAUUAAGAGCUUAUGCAGCGUUUCAAGCACAGAAAUAUCCAAAUGAAAUAGAACACAUACAAGAAGCGUACUGUAAACAUUACAUGAAGCAAACGCCUCUUCUGGUAUCCGAAUUUGAUACCCUUUCCUCCAAGGAAACGUAUGAAAAGGCCCUAAAAAUACUUCCACACCUGAAAUUUAUAGCUUGUUUGCUAUCUGAUCAACUCGGCAACAAAAAACUUCAUGAUAAAGAAAUAAGAUUAAGAUUUUUAAAAUCACAAAAUCUGUUUGUAAUUGCAUGUGUAUUUCAAAAUCUUUUCUUGUAUGCAGAGGCAAUAACAUAUUAUGAGAAAUCUCUUGAAGUUAAAAAAGAAAUACUUGGUGAGAAACACCCUGAUACUGCUUUGACAUACCAGAACAUUGGCAGUGUACUAAGUAAGAUGGGUAGGUUUGCAGAGGCACUUCUAUAUCAUAAGAAAUCGCUUUUAAUCAACAAAGAAAUACAUGGUGACAAACACCCUAAUACUGCAGCACAAUACCAAAAUAUUGGCAAUGCACUAUGUAACAUGGGUAAGCCCGCAGAGGGACUUACAUAUUAUGAAAAAUCUAUUGGAAUCAUGGAAGAAAUACUUGGUGAGAAACACCCUGAUACUGCAGUGGCAUACCAGAAUAUUGCCACUGCACUAUGCGACAUGGGUAAGUACGCAGAGGCAUUUACAUAUUUUGAGAAAUCUCUUGGAAUCAUGAAAGAAAUCCUUGGUGAGAAACACACUAAAACUGCUACGACAUACGUGAACAUUGGCGUUGCACUAUAUUUCAUGGGUAAGUACGCAGAGGCACUUCCAUAUUAUGAGCAAUCUCUUGGAAUCAUGAAAGAAAUACUUGGUGACAAACACCCUGAUACCGCAGCGACAUAUCAGGAUAUAGGCAAUGCACUACGUCGCAUGGGUAAGUACGCAGAGGCACUUACAUACUAUGAGAAAUCCCUUGAAAUUAAGAAAGAAAUACUUGGUGAGAAACACACUGAUACUGCCGUGACAUACAUGAAUAUUGGCACUGCACUAUGUUUCAUCGGUAAUUACAUAGAGGCACUUACAAAUUAUGAGAAAUCUCGUGAAGUCUAUGUAGAGCAUUUUGGUGCCAUGCAUCCCAAAACCAUGAGUCUCGAUAGUUUUGUGCGUGAUGUAAAAAGAGGCAUAUUAAUGAUAGUAAUCAUGAAUAUGAGCAAAUACAUUGCCACUGAAUUGAUUGUCAAAGGAGAAUAUGGUCAGGGUGAUCGAUUCUUAAGUUUUAUUGGUUGGGAUUUCAAGCUCUAUUACAAAUUUUAGACAUAUGGAAGCUCCAACUUUUUUUCACAUGAAUGGUGGCAAUAAUUUGUAUUACUGUUGGAAUAUUCACCAUAAAAUUAGAGAUGAUAUGAUAGAUGAUGCAUUUUUUAAAUCCAUGUUUGCAAUGUUUAAAUCAAUUUUGAAUUAAUUUGUACCAAUUAUCCCUGCCCAACGUGUUGAGCCUUGUCAUCACGCCAAACACCAUUCUGUAUGAUUAUAAGAUUUUCAGGCAUCUUAUCUGAACACAAAUUGGGACAAAAUAUUGAGGUCUUCAUCUCUGUAUCACUGGCCAUUCAAAUUUCCACCAAACACUACGAGUUCUGUCCGGAAAUAACAAUUUAUGCCCACCCAAACAAUAACACUGAUACAUUUGCAACGGUCAAAACAAAGACUUAACGUUUUUUUUUUUUUU